ACAUAAGAAUGGACUGCAUGGAGAAACACUUUGGCUAUGAAUAUGUACAAUGAGUGGCGUGCACAAGUGUGAUUUGAUUAAAUUUUUUUACAUAUGCAUGUUGUGAUUUGGUUAUGGUUUGUUGUUUGAACAAAUAGUGAUUUCUUAUGUAUUCGGUUAUGAUACUUUAUUCGAACAAAGUGCGACCUGGUUAUGUAUUUAUUUAAAAAGUGUGAUGAUUUGCUUAUGGUUUUUAUCACUUACUAUUAAUUAUAUGCAUUAUUGAUUAUAUGUCCUAAUGCCAAUAUAAAGGGUGUUCCACAUGUUGUGUAUGUAAUUGUAGGAAUGGAAAGUGAACAAAGUAGUCAACCAAAAUGAAGUAGAAGGGUUUGGAAACAACAUGAAGAAGAUGCAUUGCUCUCCAUACUUGAGGAGGCAGUUGUUAAGAAUUUGAGAUGUGAUAACGGUUGUUUCAAACCCGGAACAAUGGCUCAGUUUGAAACAGCUAUUAAUUUGAAAUGUCCUAAUGCCAAUAUAAAGGCAAUUCCACAUAUUGAGUCCAAAAUGAGGAGGUGGAAAAAAGAUUAUGCAAUAGUUUAUGACAUGGUUAAUAAAACUGGUUUUGCAUGGAAUGAUGUACGAAAGUGUAUUGAGGUUGAUAGCACUGAAGUAUGGCAAUCCUAUGUAAAGGUUAACAAAGAAGUAGAAGGCUGGCUAGGAAAAUCAUUUCCAUUGUAUGACAGAUUGAAUGUUAUUUUUGGGAAAGACCGAGCAACCGAAGUAGGAGCUGCAACUUCUACUGAGAUGAUGAAUGAGCCUGAGCACAUUAAUGAAGAUGAAGAUGAGGCGGAGACUAGUUCUCCCUCUGUUGCUCGACGGUCCAGUAGUUCAAGUACCCGGAAAAGGAAGAGAGCUACUAAUGAUAAUGAUCUUGCUUUGGCAUUUAAAGAAAUGCUUUCUGAAUCAGUUGAUAAGUUGGGUGAAGUUUUACAAGUUGCUUUUGGGAAGGGAGUGGAUCCAAAACCUGAGAUUGUUUCAGAAUUGUCAAAAAUGGAUUUGUCUAUUGAUGAUCAAAUCAAGGCACUAAAUAUCCUUUUCGAAAAGCCACAAAAUAAGAGGACAUUCUCGUCUUUGGAUGGUGCAAUGAAAAAAGCCUUUGUACUCAUGUUACUUGGACAAAGUAACCCCAAUUGACAUUUCAAACCAACAACAAUAUAUUUUGUUAAAAGCUGUAGCAUGCAUAUAUUUUGUUAAAAGUAGCAUGCAUAUAUUUUGGCUA